UACGGCCGCGGGGGCUGCCGGGACGGCUCCAAGAUGGCCGGGAGCCUCGGUUCCGCUACUGCCUGCGGCCUCGAGCCCCAUUCAUUGCCGCGCUGCUGAGCGGCGCCGCGAGUCGGCUCCAGGGCUCCGGGGGCUGUCCCCGCGGUGCGGGAGGCCGCCAUGGCGACUCUGGAAAAGCUGAUGAAGGCCUUCGAAUCGCUCAAGUCUUUCCAGCAGCAGCAGCAGCAGCAGCAGCAGCAGCAGCAACAGCAGCAGCCGCAGCCGCCGCCGCCGCCGCCUCAGCCUCCUCAGCCGCUGCCGCAGGCGCAGCCGCCGCCGCCUCAGCCUCAGCCGCCGCCCCCGCCGCCGCCCCCGCCGCCCCCCGGCCCGGCCGUGGCCGAGGAGCCGCUUCACCGACCAAAGAAAGAACUCUCAGCCACCAAGAAAGACCGUGUGAAUCACUGUCUGACGAUAUGUGAGAACAUAGUGGCACAGUCACUCAGAAAUUCUCCAGAAUUUCAGAAACUUCUGGGCAUCGCUAUGGAACUCUUCCUGCUGUGCAGUGAUGAUGCAGAGUCGGAUGUCAGGAUGGUGGCUGACGAGUGCCUCAACAGAGUCAUAAAAGCGCUGAUGGACUCGAAUCUUCCGCGGUUACAGCUUGAACUCUAUAAGGAGAUCAAAAAGAAUGGCGCCCCCCGGAGCCUGCGUGCUGCCCUGUGGAGGUUUGCGGAGCUGGCUCACCUGGUUCGGCCUCAGAAAUGCAGGCCUUACUUGGUAAACCUUUUGCCUUGCCUGACUCGAAUAAGCAAGAGACCCGAGGAAUCUGUUCAGGAGACCUUGGCUGCAGCUGUACCUAAAAUUAUGGCUUCUUUUGGCAAUUUUGCCAAUGACAAUGAAAUUAAGGUUCUAUUGAAGGCUUUCAUAGCGAAUCUGAAGUCAAGCUCGCCUACCAUUCGGCGUACUGCAGCUGGCUCAGCAGUGACCAUCUGCCAGCACUCCAGAAGGACGCAGUACUUCUAUAGCUGGCUACUGAACGUACUCCUGGGCUUGCUGGUUCCUGUUGAGGACGAACACUCUACCCUCCUGAUUCUCGGAGUGCUGCUCACGUUGAGGUAUUUGGUGCCCUUGCUGCAGCAGCAGGUCAAGGACACAAGCCUGAAAGGCAGCUUUGGGGUGACACGGAAAGAAAUGGAAGUCUGUCCCUCAACUGAGCAGCUCAUCCAGGUUUACGAACUGACCUUGCAUUACACUCAGCACCAAGACCACAACGCCGUGACUGGGGCGCUGGAGCUCCUGCAACAGCUCUUCAGGACGCCCCCGCCCGAGCUCCUGCAGGCCUUGACCGCGCCGGGCGGCGGGCAGCGGAGCGGCGUGCAGUAUGGGCCCGGCGGCCGGAGCCGCAGCGGCAGCAUCGCGGAGCUCCUAGCCGGAGGGGGUUCUUCAUGCAGCCCUGUCCUUUCAAGAAAACAAAAAGGGAAAGUGCUCUUCGGAGACGCAGCAGCCUUGGAGGAUGACUCCGAGUCCAGGUCGGAGGGCAGCAGCCCCGCCUUCGCAGCCUCAGUCAAGGGUGAGAUUGGUGGUGAGCUGGCGGCCUCUUCUGGAGUCUCCACUCCUGGCUCCGCCGGUUCGGCUGCCGACUCCGUGGGGCACGACAUCAUCACCGAGCAGCCCCGCUCACAGCACACGCUGCAGCCGGACUCGGUGGAUCUGACCGGCUGUGACUUGGCGAGUGCUGCCACCGACGGGGAUGAGGAGGACAUCCUGAGCCACAGCUCUAGCCAGAUCAGUGCCGUCCCGUCUGACCCAGCCAUGGACCUGAACGAUGGCACCCAGGCCUCCUCCCCAGUCAGUGACAGUUCCCAGACCACCACCGAAGGGCCCGAUUCGGCUGUGACCCCUUCAGACAGUUCUGAAAUCGUGUUAGAUGGGGCCGACAGCCAGUAUUCGGGGAUGCAGAUCGGACAGCCACAGGACGAGGAUGAGGAGGCCGCGGGCAUUCUUCCGGAGGAAGACGUAGAUGCUUUCCGAAACUCCGCAGCUGCCCUUCAGCAAGCACAUUUAUUGAAAAGCAUGGGCCACAGCCGGCGGCCCUCCGACAGCAGUGUGGAUACGUUUGUCUCAAGAGACGAAGCUGCCGAAGCAGGAGAUCAAGAAAACAAGCCUUGCCGGAUCAAAGGUGACAUAGGACAGUCUACCGAUGACGAUUCUGUUCCUCUUGUCCAUUGUGUCCGCCUUCUGUCGGCUUCGUUUUUGCUGACGGGGGAGAAGAAUGUGUUGGUUCCGGACAGGGACGUGAGGGUCAGCGUGAAGGCACUGGCACUGAGCUGUGUGGGAGCCGCUGUGGCCCUUCAUCCUGAGUCUUUCUUCAGCAAACUUUACAAAGUACCUCUUGACUCGGUGGAGUACCCUGAGGAGCCAUAUGUGUCAGACAUCCUGAACUACAUCGAUCAUGGAGACCCCCAGGUCAGAGGAGCCACGGCCGUUCUCUGUGGGACCCUCAUCUCCUCCACCCUGAGCAGGUCCCGCUUCCAAGUGGGAGACUGGAUGGGCACCGUUAGAGCUCUGACAGGAAAUACAUUUUCUCUGGAGGACUGCAUUCCUUUGCUGCGGAAAACUUUGAAGGAUGAAUCUUCCGUCACUUGCAAGUUGGCCUGCACAGCUGUGAGGCACUGUGUCAUGAGUCUGUGCAGCAGUAGCUCCAGUGAACUGGGACUGCAGCUGAUCACCGAUGUACUGAGCCUGAGGGACAGCUCCUACUGGCUGGUGAGGACAGAGCUUUUGGAGACGCUCGCAGAGAUUGACUUUAGGUUGGUGAGCUUUUUGGAGGCAAAAGCAGAAAAUCUACACAGAGGGGCCCAUCAUUACACAGGGCUUUUAAAACUGCAGGACCGAGUGCUCCAUGACGUCGUCAUCUACUUGCUCGGGGACGAAGACCCCAGGGUGCGACACGUUGCCGCAGCUGCGCUGAUGAGGCUUGUCCCGAAGCUGUUUUAUAAAUGUGACCAAGGACAGGCCGACCCAGUGGUGGCUGUGGCGAGAGACCAAAGCAGCGUUUACCUGAAACUUCUCAUGCACGAGACUCAGCCCCCAUCUCACUUCUCCGUCAGCACCAUAACCAGAAUAUACAGAGGCUAUAACCUACUGCCGAGCAUGACAGACGUCACUGUGGAAAAUAACCUCUCGAGAGUCAUUGCGGCAGUUUCCCACGAGCUGGUCACGUCGACCACGCGAGCACUUACGUUCGGAUGCUGCGAGGCUUUGUGUCUUCUUUCCACUGCCUUUCCAGUCUGCGUUUGGAGUUUAGGCUGGCACUGUGGGGCACCCCCACUGAGCGUGUCCGGUGAGUCCAGGAAGAGCUGUACUGUUGGCAUGGCCACGGUCAUCCUCACCUUGCUCUCGUCAGCUUGGUUCCCGCUGGACCUCGCAGCGCACCAGGAUGCACUGGUGCUGGCCGGAAACCUGCUCGCAGCCAGUGCCCCCAGAUCUCUGAGAAGUUCGUGGACCUCUGAGGAAGAGGCCAACCCAGCAGCCGCCAAGCAGGAAGAGGUCUGGCCGGCUCUGGGUGACCGGACCCUGGUGCCCAUGGUGGAGCAGCUCUUCUCCCACCUGCUGAAGGUGAUUAAUAUCUGCGCACACGUGCUGGACGAUGUGGCUCCUGGACCGGCAAUAAAGGCAGCCUUGCCGUCCCUAACAAACCCUCCUUCUCUAAGUCCGAUCCGCCGGAAGGGAAAGGAGAAAGAGCCGGGAGAGCAGGCCUCUGCGCCCUUGAGCCCCAAGAAAGGCAGCGAAGCCAGUCCAGCCUCUCGACAAUCCGACGCCUCAGGGCCUGUUACAGCAAAUAAGUCCUCAUCACUGGGGAGUUUCUACCACCUUCCUUCAUACCUCAAAUUGCACGAUGUCCUGAAAGCUACUCACGCUAACUAUAAGGUUACCUUGGACCUUCAGAACAGUGCUGAAAAGUUUGGGGGCUUUCUGCGUUCUGCCUUGGAUGUGCUCUCUCAGAUCCUAGAAUUGGCAACACUGCAGGACAUCGGGAAGUGUGUCGAGGAGAUCCUAGGCUACCUGAAAUCCUGUUUCAGUCGAGAACCGAUGAUGGCAACUGUUUGUGUUCAGCAGUUGCUGAAGACUCUCUUUGGGACAAACUUGGCCUCCCAGUUUGAUGGCUUGUCUUCCAACCCCAGCAAGUCCCAGGGCCGAGCGCAGCGUCUGGGCUCCUCCAGCGUGAGGCCGGGCUUGUACCACUACUGCUUCAUGGCUCCCUACACCCACUUCACCCAGGCCUUAGCCGACGCCAGCCUGAGGAACAUGGUGCAGGCAGAGCAGGACCACGACGCCUCAGGGUGGUUUGACGUGCUUCAGAAAGUGUCUACCCAGUUGAAGACGAACCUCACCAGCACCACUAAGAACCGCGCAGAUAAGAACGCUAUUCACAAUCACAUUCGUUUGUUCGAGCCUCUGGUUAUAAAAGCUUUAAAGCAGUACACAACCACAACGUCUGUGCAGCUACAGAGGCAGGUCUUAGAUUUGCUGGCACAGCUGGUUCAGUUACGGGUCAAUUACUGUCUUCUGGAUUCAGAUCAGGUGUUUAUUGGAUUUGUGCUGAAGCAGUUCGAAUACAUUGAAGUAGGCCAGUUCAGGGAAUCAGAGGCAAUUAUUCCAAACAUCUUUUUCUUCCUGGUAUUACUGUCUUACGAGCGCUAUCAUUCAAAACAGAUCAUUGGAAUCCCUAAAAUCAUUCAGCUCUGUGACGGCAUCAUGGCCAGCGGGAGGAAGGCUGUGACACAUGCCAUACCGGCUCUACAGCCGAUAGUCCAUGACCUGUUUGUACUGAGAGGAGCCAAUAAAGCUGAUGCAGGAAAAGAGCUCGAAACCCAGAAAGAAGUGGUGGUGUCCAUGCUGCUGAGACUCAUCCAGUACCAUCAGGUGCUGGAGAUGUUCAUCCUGGUCCUGCAGCAAUGCCACAAGGAGAGCGAGGACAAGUGGAAGCGGCUGUCCCGGCAGAUCGCCGACGUCAUCCUCCCGAUGUUGGCCAAGCAGCAGAUGCACAUUGAUUCUCACGAAGCCCUCGGCGUGUUAAAUACUUUAUUUGAGAUUCUGGCCCCUUCCUCCCUCCGUCCCGUGGACAUGCUUUUACGGAGUAUGUUCGUCACUCCAGACACAAUGGCACCUGUGAGCACUGUUCAGCUGUGGAUAUCAGGAAUCCUAGCCAUUUUGAGGGUUCUCAUCUCGCAGUCAACUGAAGACAUUGUUCUUUCUCGGAUUCAGGAGCUCUCUUUCUCUCCAUAUUUAAUCUCCUGUCCGAUAAUUAAUAGGCUAAGAGAGGGGGACAGUACUUCGACACCGGAAGAACACAGUGAAGGGAGACAAAUGAAGAGCUUGCCGGAAGAAACAUUUUCAAGAUUUCUACUACAACUAGUUGGCAUUCUUUUGGAGGAUAUUGUUACAAAGCAGCUCAAAGUGGAAAUGAGUGAACAGCAACAUACUUUCUACUGCCAAGAACUGGGCACUCUGCUGAUGUGUCUCAUCCACAUCUUCAAGUCUGGAAUGUUCCGUAGGAUCACAGCAGCCGCCUCCAGACUCCUCACGGUGGACAGCAGCGACAGCAGCUUCUACGGCCUGGACAGGCUGAACGCGCAGGUGCGCGCCAUGGUGCCCACGCAUCCGGCGCUCGUGCUGCUCUGGUGCCAGAUCCUGCUGCUCGUCAGCCACACCGACCACCGCUGGUGGGCAGAGGUGCAGCAGACCCCCAGGAGACGUAGUCUGUCCAGUACGAAGUCACUCAGCCCCCAGAUGUCCGGAGAGGAGGGGGACUCCGAUGCGGCCGGUAAACCCGGAAUGUGCAACAGAGAAAUAGUGCGGCGGGGAGCUCUCAUUCUCUUCUGCGAUUAUGUCUGUCAGAACCUACACGAUUCAGAGCACUUAACGUGGCUCAUCGUGAAUCAUAUUCAGGACCUGAUCAAUCUGUCCCAUGAGCCUCCGGUGCAGGAUUUCAUUAGUGCUGUUCACCGGAACUCCGCCGCCAGCGGCCUCUUCAUCCAGGCAAUUCAGUCUCGUUGUGAGAACCUUUCAGCCCCCACCACCCUGAAGAAGACGCUUCAGUGCUUGGAAGGGAUCCACCUCAGCCAGUCGGGCGCCGUGUUAACACUGUAUGUGGACAAGCUUUUGUGCACCCCGUUCCGAGUGCUGGCUCGCAUGGUCGACACCCUUGCCUGUCGCCGCGUGGAAAUGCUUUUGGCCGCAAAUUUGCAGAGCAGCAUGGCCCAGUUGCCGGUGGAGGAACUAACCAGAAUCCAGGAAUACCUUCAGAGCAGCGGGCUGGCUCAGAGACACCAGAGGCUGUACUCCCUGCUGGACAGGCUUCGUCUUGCUACCGCACCGGGCUCCCGUGGCCCUUCUCCUCCAGUCACGUCCCACCCGCUGGACGGGGAUGGGCCCCUGGCCCUGGAGACAGUCAUUCCAGACAAAGACUGGUACCUACGUCUAGUCAAAUCCCAGUGCUGGACUAGGUCAGAUUCUGCGCUGCUGGAAGGGGCAGAACUGGUGAAUCGGAUUCCUCCCAGUGACAUGAGCACGUUCAUGAUGAACUCGGAAUUCAACUUAAGCCUGUUGGCGCCGUGCCUGGGCCUUGGCAUGCGUGAAGUCUCCGGAGGCCAGAGGAGUCCACUUUUCGAAGCAGCUCGCCUGGCGACUCUGGACCGUGUGACCGGCCUGGUGCAGCAGCUCCCUGCCGCCCACCACGUUUUCCAGCCGUUCCUGCCCACAGAGCCCACCGCCUACUGGAACAAGUUGAAUGAUCUAUUUGGGGAUGCUGUGUUGUAUCGCUCCUUGACCACUCUGGCCCGGGCUCUGGCCCAGUACCUGCUGGUAUUCUCCAAACUGCCCGGCCACUUGCACCUUCCUCCUGAGAAGGAGAGGGACAUGGUGAAGUUUGUGGUCAUGACCCUCGAGGCCCUGUCGUGGCAUUUGAUCCAUGAGCAGAUCCCGCUGAGUCUGGACCUUCAGGCGGGCCUGGACUGCUGUUGCCUGGCCCUGCAGCUGCCCAGCGUCUGGAGCGCACUCUCCUCCCCAGAGAUGGUGACCCACGCCUGUUCUCUCAUCCACUGUGUCCGCUUCAUCCUGGAAGCCAUUGUGGUGCAGCCUGGGGACCAGCUUCUUAGUCCAGACCGAAGGAUGAACACCCCAAAGGCUGCCAGAGAGGACGAAGUAGAUUCAAACACACAAAACCCGGCCUAUAUUACCGCAGCCUGUGGGAUGGUGGCAGAGAUGGUGGAGGCUUUGCCGUCGGUGUUGGCCUUGGGCCAUAAAAGGAAUAGCAGCACCCCAGCGUUUCUCACAUCGGUGCUCAGGAACAUCAUCAUCAGCCUGGCUCGCUUACCCCUCGUCAACAGCUACACGCGCGUCCCCCCCCUGGUUUGGAAACUUGGAUGGUCACCCAAACCGGGAGGGGAUUUUGGUACGGCGUUUCCUGAGAUCCCAGUGGAGUUCCUCCAGGAGAAGGAGGUCUUUAAAGAGUUCAUCUAUCGCAUCAACACUCUAGGGUGGACCAGCCGCACCCAGUUUGAGGAAACGUGGGCCACCCUCCUCGGUGUCCUGGUGACUCAGCCCCUCGUGAUGGAGCAGGAGGAGAGCCCGCCGGAAGAAGACACGGAGAGGACCCAGAUCAACGUCCUGGCCGUGCAGGCCAUCACCUCACUGGUGCUGAGUGCGAUGACUGUGCCCGUGGCCGGCAACCCGGCCGUGAGCUGCCUGGAGCAGCAGCCCCGGAACAAGCCCCUGAAAGCUCUCGACACCAGGUUUGGGAGGAAGCUGAGCAUUAUCAGAGGAAUUGUGGAGCAAGAAAUCCAAGCAAUGGUUUCGAAGAGAGAGAAUGUCGCCACCCAUCACUUGUACCAAGCGUGGGACCCCGUCCCUUCUCUCUCUCCAGCUACUACAGGUGCCCUCAUCGGCCACGACAAGCUUCUGCUGCAGAUCAACCCUGAGCGGGAGCUGGGAAACAUGAGCUACAAGCUCGGCCAGGUGUCCAUUCACUCCGUGUGGCUGGGGAACAGCAUCACGCCCCUGAGAGAGGAAGAGUGGGAGGAGGAGGAGGAGGAGGAGGCCGACGUCCCCACGUCUGCAUCACCACCCACAUCGCCGGUCAACUCCAGGAAGCACCGGGCUGGAGUCGACAUCCAUUCCUGUUCCCAGUUUUUGCUUGAAUUGUAUAGUCGCUGGAUCCUGCCGUCAGGGUCAGCCAGAAGGACCCCCAUCAUCUUGAUCAGCGAAGUGGUCCGAUCUCUCCUAGUGGUCUCAGACUUGUUCACUGAGCGCACCCAGUUUGAGAUGAUGUAUCUGACGCUGACCGAGCUGAGGAGGGCGCACCCUGCAGAAGACGAGAUUCUCAUUCAGUACCUGGUGCCUGCCACCUGCAAGGCGGCUGCCGUCCUCGGAAUGGACAAGGCCGUGGCCGAGCCUGUCAGCCGGCUGCUGGAGAGCACACUGAGGAGCAGCCACCUGCCCAGCAGGGUCGGGGCCCUGCAUGGCGCCCUCUACGUGCUGGAGUGUGACCUCCUGGAUGAGACAGCGAAGCAGCUUGUCCCUGUCAUCAGCGACUACCUCCUGUCCAACCUCAAAGGGGCAGCCCACUGCGUGAAUGUUCAUAGCCAACAGCACGUGCUGGUGAUGUGUGCCACCGCCUUCUACCUGAUUGAGAACUAUCCCCUGGACGUAGGCCCAGAAUUCUCUGCGUCAGUAAUUCAGAUGUGUGGGGUGAUGCUGUCCGGGAGUGAGGAGUCCACUCCGUCCAUCAUUUACCACUGCGUCCUGCGGGGCCUGGAGCGUCUUCUGCUCUCCGAACAGCUGUGCCGGCUGGAUGCCGAGUCCCUGGUCAAGCUGAGUGUGGACAGAGUGAACGUGCAUAGCCCGCACCGGGCCAUGGCUGCCCUGGGCCUGAUGCUCACCUGCAUGUACACAGGGAAGGAGAAAAUCAGCCCAGGCAGAACCUCAGACCCCAGCCCCGCCGCCCCAGACAGCGAGUCCGUGAUCGUGGCUAUGGAGCGUGUGUCCGUUCUUUUCGACAGGGUCAGGAAAGGAUUCCCCUGUGAAGCCAGAGUGGUGGCACGGAUCCUUCCUCAGUUUUUAGAUGACUUCUUCCCACCCCAGGAUGUCAUGAACAAAGUCAUUGGGGAAUUUCUGUCCAACCAGCAGCCAUACCCACAGUUCAUGGCCACCGUUGUGUACAAGGUUUUCCAGACCCUGCACAGCAGUGGGCAGUCGUCCAUGGUCCGGGACUGGGUCAUGCUGUCCCUCUCCAACUUCACCCAGAGGAGCCCGGUGGCCAUGGCUGUGUGGAGCCUCUCCUGCUUCUUCGUCAGUGCUUCCACUAGCCCCUGGGUCUCCGCCGUCCUUCCCCACGUCAUCAGCAGGAUGGGCAAGCUGGAGCGAGUGGACGUUAACCUCUUCUGCCUGGUGGCCACAGACUUUUACAGACACCAGAUAGAGGAGGAGCUGGACCGCCGGGCCUUCCAGUCCGUGUUCGAGGUGGUCGCGGCUCCGGGAAACCCAUACCAUCGACUGUUGACUUGUUUGCGGAACGUCCACAAAGUCGCCUCGUGCUGAGUGCCCACGUGGGGCAGCAGCAGAGCCCGGGGGCCUGCCCGCGCCGGCGUGGCUCCACACACGGGCCCCCCUCGAGCGGCCCCGUGGCCGGGCAGGCGGUGUCCGUCUCUGCCCUGUGGCGGAAGGGCCCCCUGGCAGCAAGGCUGCGUGCCGGGAACACGUGCAGCAGCGUGGGGCCGCGCCCGAGUCCUCGCAGGGAGCGGGAGCAGCUGUGUGUCACUAACCCUCAGUGCUGCAUUCGUGUCACAUGCCAGCCGCCCAGGUGUCCCCUCCUCCCGCUGCCCGGCCUGCUCGUGGUUGCUCUUGCGUCUGGGACGAAUGUCCUCGGUCCUGCAGGUUGGCUGUCGGCCUCUCUGCUGUCCCAUAGGCAGAAGGUGGCGCCAUCAGGCUUUCGAGAGCGCUCUCCGCGGCUCAGCCGGGGUCGGGCCUCACCGAGCACUGGUGUGUGCGGGUGGGGGGCUGGGAGCGCGACCCCCAGCGCCGUGCUUCCCUUUCUCUGUUUUCUUCUCAGGAUUGAAAAUUUAAUUAUAUCAGUAAAGAGAUUAAUUUUAAGGUAA